AAUUUUUUUUUAAGUUAUUCCACUUAAGGAAGUCUGUCUGUACUUUGCACUUUGGCUAAUUUAGUCUCAUUUAGACUUAAGUUUCUAAACUUUUCUUGGGAAAUUAAGCUUUGUUUUAUCUCGUCUCUUCUGAACUGCAGAACUCAGAGAAAACUGCAUAGUAAAAUGACCUCUUGUGACUUCACUGAAGAACCUAUAAAAAAGAUCGCCAUCUUCGGAGGAACUCAUGGUAAUGAGCUGACAGGAGUAUUUCUAGUUAAGCACUGGCUAGAGAAUGGUGCUGAAAUUCAGAGAACAGGGUUACAAGUGAAGCCCUUUAUUACGAACCCAAGAGCAGUGGAGAAGUGUACCCGAUAUAUUGACUGUGACCUGAAUCGUGCUUUUGACUUUGAAAAUCUUGGCAAAAAAGUUUCUGAAGAUUUGCCAUAUGAAGUGAGAAGGGCUCAAGAAAUAAAUCACUUAUUUGGUCCAAAAAAUAGUGAAGAUUCCUAUGACAUUAUUUUUGACCUUCACAACACUACUUCUAACAUGGGAUGUACUCUUAUUCUUGAAGAUUCCAGGAAUGACUUUUUAAUUCAGAUGUUUCAUUAUAUUAAGACUUCCUUGGCUCCAUUACCUUGCUAUGUUUAUCUUAUUGAACAUCCUUCCCUCAAAUAUGCAACCACUCGUUCUAUAGCCAAGCACCCUGUUGGUAUAGAAGUUGGUCCCCAGCCUCAAGGUGUUCUGAGAGCUGAUAUUUUGGAUCAAAUGAGAAAAAUAAUUAAACAUGCUCUUGAUUUUAUACACAAUUUUAAUGAAGGAAAAGAAUUUCCUCCAUGUUCUGUUGAGGUGUAUAAAAUAAUGGACAAAGUCGAUUAUCCCAGGAAUGAAAGUGGAGAGAUUGCUGCCCUCAUCCACCCAAAUCUACAGGAUCAAGACUGGAAACCAUUGCACCCUGGAGAUCCUGUGUUUGUGACUAUUGAUGGAAAGACAAUCCCACUGGGUGGAGACCAUACUGUAUACCCUGUGUUUGUGAAUGAGGCCGCUUAUUAUGAAAAGAAAGAAGCUUUUGCAAAGACAACUAAACUAACACUCAAUGCAAAAAGUAUUUGCUAUGCUUUCCACUAGAAAUCACUCACUUAUUAUAGGGUACCUUGAAAAGCCUUAUAAGUCUAUAAUUUCCUCAAGAGCAGGCUUGUGCCCUUUUUAUGUCUAUACACAUAGCACCUAGCCAGGAGUCAUACACACUAAGCAUCCAGACCCAUUUCUUAAAGCAAAGAAUAAAUUAAUGAAUAUCUUCUAAAGGCA